AUGCAUCUCUGGCGCAACAAUUUUCCCGUCGAUGGCAAGCUUGUCGUCGUCGCCGGGGGCUCCAAAGGGCUUGGCCGGGCAUUGGCCCUGGAGUUGGCCGGAAAAGGAGCGAAUCUAUUGAUCCUCGCGCGCGAAGAACUCGCUCUGAACCGCACUCGCACCGAUCUCCAAGCCGCCUGUGUCUCGUCCAAGCAGAUUGUCGACGCCAUCUCCGUAGACCUGACGCAGCCAAAUGACAUCGAUCGCGUCCUCGCCCACUACCACCCCCCCGACGUCCUCAUCUGCACGGCCGGCGGCAUCCCCGACGAACCGGGCUUCCUAGCCAACCUAUCCCCCGCCGCGAUCACGUCCUGCCUCGAGCAAAACUACUACACGGCCAUCUUCCCCGUGCAAGCCUGCCUCCAGCGAUGGCUGGCGACACGGACACCCCACACCACACGACACAUCGUGUUGACCUCCACCGCAACAGCCCUAGCCAGCCUCCCCGGCUACGCCGCCUACACGCCCGUGAAAGCUGCCAUCCGUGCCCUCGCCGACACCCUCCGCCAGGAACUGCUCCUCUACGGCCGCGACACCUUCCGCGUGCACUGCGCCUUCCCCGCCAACUUCCUCGGCGAGUCUUUCCUGCGCGCGCACCCCACCAAGCCGCGCUUGACGAAGCUCCUCGAGGGCACGGAUGUGCCGCCCCAGCGGCUGAGCGAUAAUGUCCCUGCGUCGCGGGAGGUUGCGCGCGCUAUCGUCCGGGCGUUGGAAGCGGGAAAGACUUAUAUCACGGUGGAUAGGCGGACCGAGUUGAUGUUGAACCAUAUGCGCGGGCCGAGUCCGCGGUUUUGGACGCUGUAUGAUUUGCUCAUGGGGUGGUUGGCGAUCGGGAUGUGUUGGGUGUGGAGGGUGAGGGCGGAUCGUCAGACGGUUAAGUAUGGACGGGAGAAUGGGAUGGAGCGGUAA